CCCCGAGGGGAAACCAUAAGACAGCGACGUCGCGAAAGGCUGUUGCGCGAUAGGAGAACGGUGGAAACCAUCGAAACUUCCACUCCCGAUCGCCGUUAACGCCCACCUCCGCCGUCCUCCGCCGUCGUCCGCCGCCGCCGCCGGCGCGAUCGCAUUGCGCCGCCUGCUUCCGAUGACCCGAUCGGGGCCUCGCCACCGCUUCUCGCCGUAGCAGCAGCGUCGUCGGGACUCCAGGUCGGAGGCGGCUUCUUCUUCUUCUCCUCCGAGCCGCGCCGCGCCGGGGGGGCUGGGGCUGGGGGCGGUGUUCUGCGGUUGUUGGCGUGGGGGGCGAAAUGGAGGCGCUGAUCGAGCUCUGCGACCUCAUCGCGCAGAAUCCGGCGCAAUUCGCCGAUAAGCUGGCGUGGAUUUGCGGCAGAUGCCCCCAAUCCGAGUCCGUCCUCGCCGGAUCUCGUAGGGUCUCGCGUCCGCACCUCAAUGCGGUCCUCGCCGUCGCGCGUUUCCUCUCCAAGUCCGCCGUCGUGCCCGACAACCGGCCGUACGCGGUCGUCCUCGAGUUCCUGCGCUUGAUUCCCUCCUCCUUCGACGUCUCCUUCUGGCCGCAGUCCUUCAACAGCGAUGCCGUCGCUUCCUUCUUCAUGGAUUUCUUCGAUUACCUCUCGAAAGCCGCCGAAUUGUCGCCGGAUUUCGCCGUCGAGGUCGCCGCCUUCACCAGAGACAAUGUGGUCGCGGCAGUCAGCCGCAGUGGAGACAAUUCCGCGAUCUCCAGGGCUUUUCUGGUGGCUAUCUCGCAAAAUUUCCCGGCGGUUCUGCAGUCGGAUGGCGAUACGUUAGUGAGGUACCUGCUCGAGCAGCUGGCCUUGCCGGUUCCGCUGCCUCCUUCACCGCGGGAGCAAAUGCAGGUGAAUUCGGAAACGUCAUCGGCACAGAGUUCGCCAUUGAGUGCCAAUGCAAACCAUUAUCAUGUUAGUGAGAUUUCGAGUCCGAAUGAAGUCAGCGGUUCAUCGAGUGGUGUGGCUUCGAGGCUUGUAGAUGAUUCGGCAAGUGCAUCGUCCAGGGCGUCUGGAGCAAUGAACGGUGGGAGCAUGGCGGGAGGUUACAGUAAUGGGGGCGGCGUUGCAGCUUUGUUCAGGCAGCAAGUUGCUUCAUUUGAAGAAGAGUCUGUUGAGAGCCUAGAGAAGCAAGAGAUUGCAUAUAGGUUAAUCACCCACAUUCUAGACAAAGUCCAAAUUGAGGAUUCCAAGUUAUUGGAGCAGGUGAGAUUACUGGCAAGGAAGCAAGUCCAAUCUAUGCCUGCAUUUUUGAAGAUAAGAAAGCGGGACUGGAAUGAACAGGGUCCAACUUUGAAAGCCAGAAUAAAUGCAAAACUAUCAGUUUAUCAAGCCAUCACAAGAUUGAAGAUGAAGAGCUUAUCAUCUCUUGAUUUGGAUGGUAAAGCUGUAAAGAAAUUUUGGCUUGAGACUCUUGUAUUAUUCACCGACGCAGCUGAGGCAUGUUUACUAUCUGUCUGGAGAAAAUUGAGAAUGUGUGAAGAUCUAUUUAGUGCUUUGCUUACUGGGAUGACUCAAAUUGCUGUCACUAAGGGUGGACAGCAGCUACGAGUUUUGCUCAUUCGCCUCAAGCUCCUUGUGCUGACUGCAUGUGCUCAGCAGGCUGAUGCAUGGGCCAGUAGCCCUGGAGCCAUGGCGGAGAGUGUCAUGAAGGCAAGUUGUGAAGUGAUCGAAUUUGGCUGGAGCAAGGACCGGGCUCCUAUAGACACUUUUAUCAUGGGAUUAGCAGCAAGUGUUCGGGAAAGGAACGACUAUGAUGAACAGGAUGGAAAGGAGAAGCAGGGAGUUCCUGUUGUGCAACUUAACCUAAUACGCUUACUAGCAGAUUUGAGUGUUGCUAUUAGCAAAUCAGAAGUUGUGGAUAUGAUACUGCCGCUUUUUAUUGAAAGUUUAGAAGAGGGCGAUGCUUCAACUCCUGGUUUAUUGCGGAUUCGUCUACUUGAUGCUGUGUCUCACAUAGCGAGUUUAGGUUUUGAGAAGUCAUUUCGUGAGACUGUGGUUUUGAUGACAAGAAGCUACUUGAACAAGCUUGCAAGUUUAGGGUCUGCUGAAAGCAAAACAUUGGCCUCAGAAGCCACUAUAGAACGUGUUGAGACUCUUCCUGCUGGGUUUCUUCUGAUUGCCAGCCGUCUUACAAGUAGUAAAUUGCGUUCAGAUUACCGUCACCGUCUGCUAUCUUUGUGCUCAGAUGUAGGCUUGGCGGCAGAGAGCAAAAGUGGAAGGAGUGGAGCAGAUUUUUUGGGUCCUCUACUUCCUGCUGUUGCUGAGAUAUGUACUGACUUCAAUCCAUCGACAAAUGUGGAGCCAUCUCUUUUGAAGUUAUUUCGGAACUUGUGGUUCUACAUAGCUCUUUUUGGUCUAGCACCUCCCCUGCAAAAUAUUCAAAUGCCCAGUAAACCAAUGUCUAGUACAUUGAAUAGUGUUGGAAGCAUAAGUUCAAUACCUCUACAGGCUGUGGGUGGACCAUACAUGUGGAAUGCACAGUGGUCUGCUGCUGUCCAGAAAAUUGCUCAAGGAACUCCUCCCCUUGUGGUUAGCUCUGUGAAAUGGCUUGAAGAUGAGUUGGAACUUAAUGCUCUCCACAACCCUGGUAGUCGUAGAGGGAGUGGCAAUGAGAAAGCUGCUGUAACCCACAGGGCUGCUCUCUCUGCUGCUUUGGGAGGGCGAGUAGAUGUUGGAGGAAUGAGCACGAUUUCAGGUGUAAAGGCCACAUAUCUUCUUGCUGUAGCUUUUUUAGAAAUCAUACGUUUUAGUAGCAAUGGUGGCAUUCUCAAUGGAAGUGAAACCUCGACCUCUUCUACAAGUGCAUUCCGUUGUGUCUUUGAAUACCUGAAAACACCAAAUCUUAUGCCCGCAGUCUCCCAGUGUCUGACAGCAAUUGUCCAUCGGGCAUUUGAAACAGCAGUGUCAUGGCUGGAAGAUCGGAUAUCUGACACAGGCCUUGGGGCAGUGACACGAGAUUCUACACUUUGUGUGCAUGCCUGUUUUCUCAUAAAAUGUAUGUCUGAGAGGGAGGAGUGCAUUCGAGAGAUUGCUGUCAACUUGUUAAUUCAGCUUAGAGACAAGUUUCCACAGGUUCUCUGGAAUUCGUCUUGUCUAGAUUCCCUGUUAUUUUCUGUUGAUGAUGGCUCAUCCUCUGCUCUUGUGAAUGAUCCUGCAUGGAUAGCAGCAGUUCGGUCGUUGUACGAACGAGUUGUUCGGGAGUGGAUCAUUAAAUCUCUUUCAUAUGCUCCAUGUACUACUCAGGGCCUUCUUCAGGAGAGGCUUUGUAAAGCAAAUUCAUGGCAGAUAUCAAGGCCUGCAACUGAUGUUAUAUCUCUUUUAUCUGAGAUAAGGAUUGGAACGGGUAAGAAUGACUGUUGGACUGGCAUACGAACUGCAAACAUCCCUUCAGUCAUGGCAGCUGCUGCAGCAGCAUCUGGUGCAAACUUGAAGUUGACUGAACCCUUCAAUUUCGAGGUACUCAGUACUGGCAUAGUCAGUGCAACAGCAAAGUGCAAUCAUGCAGGGGAAAUCACUGGCAUGAGAAAUUUAUUUAAUAGCAUUGGUGGAUUUCAAACGGGCAAUGCAGCUCAAGGUUUUGGAUUGGGCAUUGGGAUUCAGAGGUUGAAGUCAGGAGUGUUUACUCAGCAGAUGUCGGCUGAGAGUGAUUCAUUUGACAAGGUAGUACUUACAAAAUUCAUUCAGCAACUGCAGCAAUUUGUAAAUGUUGCUGAGAAAGGUGGGGAAGUGGACAAGACCUUGUUUCGCCAAAUUUGUUCACAGGCAACAGCCUUCCUAUUGUCAAAUAUGGAUCUUGACUCAAAAUCAAACAUAGAUGGUUUCUCUCAACUUUUGCGCCUUCUCUGCUGGUGUCCUGCAUAUAUCUCAACUGCUAAUGCCAUGGAGACUGGUGUUUAUAUUUGGACUUGGUUGGUGUCUGCUGCACCUAAACUGGGAUCACUUGUUUUAGCAGAGCUUGUUGAUGCAUGGUUGUGGACAAUUGAUACGAAACGUGCUUUUGCAUAUGAAGAGAGGUACAGUGGACCUGCUGCCAGACUUAGGCCGCACCUUGCACCAGGGGAACCUGUAGCACAGCCUGAAAGCGAUCCUGUUGAGCAGAUUGUUGCUCAUAGACUGUGGCUUGGAUUUUUUCUUGACCGCUUUGAGGUUAUUCGCCACAGCAAUGUGGAACAGCUCUUGCUCCUUGGUCGGAUGUUGCAAGGAACUACAAAGCUUCCAUGGAACUUUUCACGACAUCCCGCAGCCACUGGUACUUUCUUCACGGUCAUGCUUCUUGGGCUCAAGUUCUGCUCGUGCCAGUCUCAGGGUAAUCUAUUUAAGUUUAGAGCAGGACUUCAGUUACUAGAAGACCGGAUUUUCAGGGCUUCUCUGGGAUGGUUUGCUUAUGAGCCCGAAUGGUAUGAAAUGAAGGAUUUGAAUUUUGCCCAGAGCGAGGCUCAAUCUGUAUCCAUAUUUGUUCACUACUUACAGAACGAGCGAGUAGAUUCUCCUCAAUCUGACUUAAAGGGAUCGGGACGUGAAAAUGGGAGCUCUUUAUUCAAUGAGAAUAACAAAUACCAUCCUGUCUGGGGUGCCAUGGACAAUUAUGCUGUUGGAAGAGAGAAGAGAAAGCAGCUCCUUCUGAUGUUAUGUCAACAUGAGACUGACAGGCUUGAAGUUUGGGCACAACCCACUAACUCAAAGGAAGUUGGUUUUCGGCUCAAGAUAAGCUCUGAUAGAUGGAUUGAAUAUGCAAGAACUGCAUUCUCUGUGGAUCCUCGUAUUGCUUUGUCUUUAGUCUCAAGAUUCAGGACAAACCCUCAUUUGAAGGCAGAAGUAACUCAGCUGAUUCAGUCACAUAUAUUAGAUGUGCGGACCUUACCUGAAGCAUUGCCAUAUUUUGUCACACCGAAGGCAGUUGAUGAAAAUUCAGUGCUGUUGCAACAAUUACCCCAUUGGGCUGCUUGUUCAAUUACACAAGCUCUUGAGUUUCUUACUCCUGCGUAUAAGGGUCAUCCACGUGUCAUGGCCUAUGUUCUCAGAGUUCUGGAGUCCUACCCCCCCGAGAGAGUGACAUUCUUCAUGCCGCAGCUGGUUCAGGCACUGCGAUAUGAUGAAGGGCGAUUAGUGGAGGGAUAUCUACUGAGAGCUGCUCAGAGAAGCGAUGUUUUUGCCCAUAUAUUAAUAUGGCAUCUGCAGGGUGAGACCUGUGCAUCAGAGCCAGGGAAAGAAACCGUUAUUUCUGUGAAGAAUAAUAACUUCCAAGCGAUGUUGCCGGUUGUGAAGGAGCAUAUAAUUGAUGGUUUCACUCCUAAGGCCCUUGAUUUAUUUAAAAGAGAGUUUGAUUUCUUUGACAAAGUUACAUCUAUCUCCGGUGUACUCUUUCCGCUACCCAAGGAAGAGCGUAGAGCUGGCAUCCGGAGGGAGUUGGAGAAAAUUGAAAGAGGAGAUGACCUCUAUUUACCAACUGCUCCUAAUAAACUUGUCAGAGGUAUUCGGGUGGACAGUGGAAUACCUCUACAAUCGGCGGCAAAAGUUCCUAUCAUGAUCACCUUCAAUGUGGUUGAUCGUGAGGGCGCGAAUGAUAUAAAGCCUCAAGCUUGUAUAUUUAAGGUUGGAGACGAUUGCCGGCAAGAUGUCCUUGCUCUUCAAGUGAUAUCACUUCUUCGAGACAUAUUUGAAGCAGUAGGGCUUAACCUAUAUCUCUUCCCUUAUGGUGUUCUCCCGACUGGCCCAGAAAGAGGAAUCAUUGAGGUUGUGCCCAACACUCGUAGCAGGAGUCAAAUGGGUGAAACAACUGAUGGGGGUUUAUACGAAAUAUUCCAACAGGACUAUGGGCCUGUUGGUUCACCCAGUUUUGAAGCUGCACGUGAAAAUUUCAUCAUUAGUAGUGCUGGUUAUGCAGUUGCUAGUCUUCUGCUUCAACCAAAAGAUAGGCACAAUGGCAAUCUUCUUUUUGACAACAUGGGAAGGCUUGUCCAUAUCGAUUUUGGCUUCAUCCUAGAAACAUCACCAGGUGGAAAUAUGCGUUUUGAAAGUGCACACUUUAAACUGAGUCAUGAAAUGACUCAACUACUUGACCCCUCUGGAGUCAUGAAGAGUGAGACUUGGAAUCGCUUCGUGAGAUUGUGUGUGAAGGGCUAUCUUGCUGCUCGUCGUCACAUGGAUGGUAUCAUCAACACGGUGUUAUUAAUGGUUGACAGCGGAUUGCCUUGUUUUAGCCGUGGCGACCCCAUCGGCAAUCUGCGGAAAAGAUUUCAUCCUGAAAUGAGUGAGCGUGAGGCGGCGAAUUUCAUGAUCCGCACUUGCACGGACGCGUACAACAAAUGGACUACUGCCGGAUAUGACCUAAUACAGUAUCUACAGCAAGGCAUAGAGAAAUGAUUUUUUUAUUAACCCUCUUUUUCUCUUUCCUCUUCGAUUCUUAGUGAAGCUUGUGUCUUCCUCUGUAAAUUAACGCUUCUACUUCAUAGGAAUCAUUUUAUAGUCGCGAUUGUGACAGGGAACCCCCGCUUACAUUUAACGGGAAAAUCCGUGUGAUCUCUCAUGUGCAAUUUGAGUUGUUGACGACCAUGGGGGUUUCCGAUGAGGUUUUCAGACAGGCUGUCCUCACAUUGUAUUUGUGUAAAGAUGCUGAGCUUAUAUUUAUAUAUCGUUGGUUUGAUUGGCACUUCGA